CGUACCCAUAUUGGUCACUCCCAUUGUUUGAUUGACCUGGAUGUGGAUUGACUCGAUCUACUUAUCUAAAAGACUUGAUCUAAAUCGUUUUAGUUUUACUGAAAGUUGUACCAGUAUUCAAAUAUGGCCGCACUAGCUCCAGCAACACUCGGGGGUUCGUUAAAGGGAAAAGUUGCCCUUAUUACAGGAGCCAGCGCAGGGAUUGGAGCAGAGACUGCCCGCCAUUUUGCUUCCCUAGGAUGUCGGUUGGCUUUGACGGGACGGAACAUGGAUGCUUUACAAGCAGUCACCGAUGAAUGUGUUAGCAGAGGACUUGAUAGAGAUCAGAUUCUAAUGAUCCAGGCUAGUUUGGAAUUGGAAGCUGAUGUGAAGAAAACUGCGGAACAAACAAUCCAGAAAUUCAACCAAGUGGAUGUACUGGUUAACAAUGCAGGAAUCGUUAUCCCAGAUUCAAUCGAGACCGUUACUUUAGAAUCUUUUGAUAAGACCUUUGCAGUGAAUGUUAGAGCACCCCUUCAGCUCACUCAACUCCUGACACCACACUUAAUCAAAACCAAAGGCACUAUUGUGAAUGUAUCCAGUGUAAAUGGUGUCAGAGCUAUGCGUGGAGUAUUGACAUACUGUAUGUCUAAGACAGCAUUGGACCACAUGACAAGAUGUGUUGCUGAAGAAUUGGCACCUCAUGGAAUCAGAGUCAAUGCAGUAAACCCUGGUGUUAUCCAAACUCAGAUUCUUCGGCGAGGAGGUAUGUCCGAUGAGCGCUACAAACAGUUCCUGGAGCAUUCCAAGACGACUCACGCCAUGCGCCGGACUGGUACGGUGGAUGAGGUAUCCAAGCUCAUUGCGUUCCUGGCAUCCAGCGACUCGUCCUUCACCACAGGAGAAACCGUCACCAUAGAUGGAGGGCGCCAUCUCUUGUGCAACCCUGUUCAGAAUUAGAAAUCCGUGUCUUAACCCAUUGCUUACUGGAACCGGGUAGUCCCUGUGUUAAGCCUAUGGGAAUUAGAGAAUUCAGUAGUCAGCGGGUUCAUCUCUCAUCGAUGUUCAAAAUGGUGCCUUAUGUAAUCAUUUUUUCUCUCUCCAUUUUAUGGUACGAUGCUGGUAGUAUACUGUAUUUUAUGGGCCAGAAUCGUUUGUAUUCGUGAUAUUUUAAAAUGGAAAUGAUUAAUCAUCCUUUAAAAGGAAAUUUAUUGUGUUAUGUUGUCACGUUAUUCAAAUUUUAUAUGAUCUCACAUAAUAUAGAAUAUAUAAACAGGUUGUCCACUCCAAAUAAAAGAAACCAAAUCAACAAAAAACUCUAUAAUAAUGUUUGUGCGUUCAUCAAAACAGAUUUGAAUACCUUUGUUGAGGGCAUCCAGGGAAAAUAUUUGGCAAAUAUGUGAAACACUCAAACAUUGCCAGUUAGAGACUGGAGUAUAAUUGGAGGGGCUGCGGGGUAUGUGUACCAUAUUCCUAUUUGUACUUGACUAAGGAUGCCUUGUAUUUUCACACCUAAACUAAGAAGUAAUAGUUGUAUAUAAUUAUGUCACAUCUGUAGUGCUUCCAUAAUAAUCAUUAUUUUGUUCACCCAGAGAAGCCUCAUUCAGCAUCAAUGCUGUUCUUCUCGAGGGCUCUGCAAAUAUUUUUACCUCAACCAUUGAUAGGCAACCAUUUUUACACCAAAGAACGCUAAUGCCAGUCUAGGAUUUGAACCCUCAGAGAAUGUACGCUAUUUUUUGUAGUGGGAGUGUUCAUUUCUGUUUGUUUUUUAAAUUUUCAUUUACGUGUAGGGUUUGUUUGGGUUGGUAUUCUAUAUGGUUUAUAUAUUCGCUUUUCUGUAUCUCUAAUGAUUCUCAGUCCUUUUUUGAGAAAUUCUCAAUCAACGAGAAAUAAUACAAACAGUCCUUAAGGACUAUCCAUAUGGUUGUACCACGAAUCUACUCUGUAAGAUGCAGCAUCUUAUAUUUAGUAACAUGUACAGUACAUACAUGACCAAGGCCUUCUUGUAAAAAAGUGUUGCAAUCACUGAUGAAGCCAUCCUGAAGAAGAAACAAAGAGACUUAAUAAAUUAUAUAAAAUAAUGAUUUCAAGGUGACCUACUAUAUUGGAAAUUUGGAAUACAAGAUUAAAAAUGAAGUUGACUUUUCAUCUAGCUGUUCAACGAGAAAGAAAUCAUUGAGAAAGGUUGAUUAAGUCGUACAUGAAAUAAUUGUCUAUUUUGGGUGUUUUAAAUCAUCAAAAUGAUGAGAAAUUGACAAUCUAGCUAAACAUCACAAACGAUGAACAGCGCUGCACACAUAAAUGGACAUGAGAGACUACACUCAAGUUUGGUCUAAACUUCUAAGCUAUUUCUCAUCAUUUUUCAAAUAUCAGAGUAUAUGACUAGUCAUCUUUUACAAGGGAUAUUACUACUGGUAGUAUGAUAUUCUUCUGUCAAAGAUUAAAAAGUUUUACCGAAUUAUUUUGUCACCUUACCAGAACUCAACCUUUUCUUAAAGUUGCUUAAUUGUUGUCCGUUGACAUCAUGAUAGAAUAGUUAGUACAGAUACAUUUCUAUUAUUAUAUUAUUACAAAAUUUGCCAUGGUGAUAAAUACAAACAUACAAAAAGACAGAUGAUAGUGUAUUUUUAAUGGCUGAAUUUUGAUAAUUUAUGAAUGCAUUUAGUUACAUUGGCACAAGAGAAAGUUUUAUAAUAUUUGAUCUCAUGGUACAAUAUGCAUUCGGCUAUUUGCUUUAUGUCACAUCUGUCUCAUUACAUUAAAAACAUAUCCAAGUUAUAAAAUAAACUUGAUAAGAAUACAAAUUAGAAGACAUUGGUA